CAUCUAUGUUUAUGAGAACUGCAGUAGCCGAGGAAGAUUCCCGAUUUCAUUAGCUAGCACUGUUGACUCAGGCAGGUUGUUGUUUGUGGAUGGAGUAUAUGCUCCAAUGAGAUGACUGACCAGGGCAAUAAUAACCAGAACAUCUCCAGAAACCCAUUUGCAGCCCUCUUCAGUUCCCUUGCAGAUGCAAAGCAGUUUGCAUUGGGUCAGCAACAAGAACACAGCAAACCACCAUCGGAAGACUCGGGGGAUAGCCAAUCAGAAUCGGAGAAUUCUGUAACGGACAGCAUCGAGGACAACGAUGACUCGGUGGCGGAGAUAAGCAGGUCGUUCCGCUCCAGACAGGAGCUCUGCGAACAGCUCAAUGUCAAUCAUAUGAUCCAGAGGAUCUUCCUCAUCACACUCGACAACAGUGACCCAAGUCUCAGAGGAGGCAAUGGCAUCCCCUCACGUUGUGUGUUCCUGGAGGAGAUGGCUGCCGAUCUUGAUGGACAGGAUUGGCUUGACAUGGACAGUAUUGAGCAGGCUUUAUUCAACAGACUGUUGCUGUUGGAGCCUGGGAACCACCUCAUAUACAUGACCUCCUGCAGUGCGGUGAACCUGUCCGCAGACCGCGAUGCUGGCGAGAAGUGCGCCGUACCAUACCUUUAUGCUUGUUACCAAAGAGCCAAAGAAGAGGUCACUAAAGUGCCAGAGAAACUGUUGCCCUUUGCCGUGCGCUGCAAGAACCUCACCGUGUCCAACGCUCGCACGGUCCUCCUCACCCCGGAGAUCUACGUCAACCAGAAUGUUUACGAACAGCUGCUUGACCUCUUCCUGGAUGGAGUCAGCAGUGCACAGCUUGAGCUGGUAGCAGAGUUUGUAGAGGAGGUAAUUGCUGGCCUGCUGGCUGACCAGGAAGUGCGUACCUUUGGGGAGGUGAUGGUGCCAGUUUUUGAUAUCUUUCAAGGCCGCGUCAAAGACUUGGACCUGUGCCAACUGCUGUUGUACUCCUACCUGGAAGUGCUCCUCUACUUCAGCCAACAGAAGGACAUCGCAAAGGUUCUGGUAGAGCACAUUCAGCCAAAAGACCCUAGCAAUGGACUGCAGUACCAGAAGACGCUGCUGGGCACCAUCCUAAAUAUUUCCUGUCUCCUCAAAACGCCCGGCGUGGUGGAGAGUCACGGCUACUUCCUCAACCCGUCUCGCUCCAGCCCACAAGAAAUGAAGGUUCAAGAGUCCAACAUCCACCAAUUCAUGGGUCAGUUUCAUGACAAGCUUCACUUCAUCCUGAAAAACCUGCUGCAGCAGUCCAGCGAGACUCGGCACCUCCUGCUCUCCUGGCUGGGCGGCUGCCUGCAGGCCAACACGGGCCGCACCAAGAUCUGGGCCAACCAGAUGCCCGAGAUCUUCUUCCAGAUGUACGCCUCCGAUGCCUUCUUCCUCAACCUGGGGGCGGCCCUGCUCAAGCUGUGCCAGCCGUUCUGCCGGCCCAACUCGGCCAAGCUGCUGACCUUUAACCCCACCUACUGCGCCCUGGGCGAGCUGAGCGAGGAGGAAAGGCGGAACAGGAACGUCCAUGCCAGAGGUCUGGACAAGGAGACGUGCCUGAUCCCUCUGCCCCCUCAACAGAGCGCGGGCUUUGCCCAGUCUUACAGCCUGCUCACGGAGAACCUUAUCCUCACACAGCUCACUCUACACAUAGGCUUUCACAGGCUCCAUGAUCAGAUGGUGAAGAUGAACCAGUCUCUACACCGGCUGCAGGGCUCGUGGCGCGAGACGCAGCUUAGCGGGGGCCCCGCCGCCGAGCAGCUACGCGAGCAGUUCGAGCACCUGAUGACCGUCUACCUGUCCACCAAGGCGGCGGCCACACAGCCCGCCAUGCUGCAGAACUGUCUCAACCUGCAGGCGGCCUGUGCCUCGCUGCUCGUGCAGCUGGGCCUCAACAACCAGGGCUCCGAACACAUGCCCCUGCACUUCCCCCUACCCCCACUCAACAACAACCAGCUGUGUCACGUACCAGAAUUCUUUGUGGACAACCUGGGAGACUUCUUCAUCUUCCUGAGGCGCUUUGCUGAUGAAGUUCUUGAGACGUCAGCCGAGAGUCUAGAGCAGGUCCUCAACUUCAUCACCAUGUUCAUGGGCAACGUGGAGAGAAUGUCCAAUCCACACUUGCGCGCCAAGCUGGCAGAGGUUCUUGAGGCCGUCAUGCCACACAUGGAGGCUGCCGCAGCGGGCACCACCCUGCCUAUCAUGUUCCAACGCCAGCGGGUCUUCUGCUCAUACUGCCACGCAUCCCGUCUGGCUGAGGCACUUAUCACUGUGUUUGUAGAUAUUGAAUUUACGGGUGACCCACACCAGUUUGAACAGAAGUUCAAUUACAGAAGGCCGAUGUACUCUAUUCUGAAGUACAUGUGGAACACGGAGAGUUACAGAGAGAGCAUCAAGCAUCUUGCCACAUAUGCAUCUGAGAACCUGGAAGCCAUGAAUCCCCCUCUCUUCUUGCGGUUCCUGAAUCUCCUGAUGAACGAUGCCAUCUUCCUGCUCGAUGAGGCCAUCCAGUUCCUGAGCAAAAUCAAGGUGCUGCAGCUGGAGCGAGACCGCGGUGCCUGGGACGACCUCUCACCCGACGCCCGGCGAGAGAAGGAGUCCAGCCUGCAGAUGUUUGGCCAGCUUGGUCGCUUCCAUAACAUCAUGUCCAACGAGACCAUCGGCACUUUGGCUUUCCUUACGUCAGAAAUAAAGGGUAUUUUUGUUCACCCCUUCUUGGCUGAGAGGAUCAUCUCCAUGCUUAACUACUUCCUUCAGCACCUAGUAGGACCUAAGAUGGGCGCCCUCAAGGUGAAAGACUUCAGUGAGUUUGACUUCAAACCUCACCAAUUGGUCUCCGACAUCUGCACCAUCUACCUCAACCUGGGAAACGAGGAAAACUUUUGUGCAAGUGUCCCAAAGGAUGGACGUUCCUAUUCUCCAACACUCUUUUGCCAAACAGUCCGAGUCCUUAAGAAGAUAAACAAGCCUGGGGACAUGAUUGUGUCUUUCAGUCUUCUAGCAGACAAAAUUAAGUCCCUGGCAGACCGUCAUCAGCAGGAGGAGGAGACGUACUCCGAUGCUCCGGACGAGUUUUUAGACCCAAUCAUGUCCACUGUUAUGCUUGACCCAGUGGUACUUCCCUCUUCAAACGUCACAGUGGAUCGCUCCACAAUAGCACGGCAUCUCCUCAGUGAUCAGACCGACCCCUUCAAUCGGACUCAUCUGACUAUGGACCAGAUUCGUCCCAAUGAGGAGCUCAAACAACAGAUCUUGCAGUGGCUGGCUGAACACAAGCGAGAACCGCAACAGAUGGGGCCCAGUGGAUAGGUGUCAAGUAUUCCAAAAUGAACACCACCGCCCCCGUGCUCUGGCGCUCGCUCUCUCUCUCUCUCCCUUCCUUUGGCAUGCAAGCUCCGCUUGACUCCGCUAUGCGCCCUCUGGUUCAGAUUUCCAACAAUAUUUGACAACAUCUUGCCAUACAGAUCGAAAAUGUGCUCAAUUAUAAACAAAACAUAAAUAAAAAACGAGCCCAAGGUUUGUAUGUUGGUUUCUGCAAAAAUACAGAUUUUUAUGAAAGGGAGACCCACCUCCACGGUGAGGAGUAAGGAGAAUACAAGGAUUCACAUCAACUUUCAACUGCCUGAAUGUUUUUUUUUUGUCAUGGAAAAACACCGUCUGCCUAGUCAAGCCACUACAAGUGCUUCUGGAGAAAGUAACAUUUGAAGAGUUACUUCUUGCCUUUGGAGUUUUCUUUCCCCAUUAUGAAUUACAGUUGUGUUGAUCAUACACUGAACAUAAGAAGAAGAAGAAGAAGAAGAAGAAGAAGAAGAAGAAAAUAAAAUGGCAUAUGUUUCUAGGGCAGUUGCCAGCUACCCAUUUCUGUAAAUUAAAAUGUGUACAAUAAUUACUUCUGCACCACUUUAACAUGCAACACUUACACAUGCUGUUACACAUGCAAUAAAAUAGGGAUGUUCUUUGGCUAAUUUAUCUGUACAAAUGUAGAAAAAAGUAUUGAACCAUGGACAGGACAAAUGGUUGGUUAGUCCAACUCCCACUGACGGUGUUGAGAACUUGGGGGAACUAUAACUCGCAGAACUAGUUUGGUUUAGGGUUUUUUUAUUAGCAAUAUGCUCUUGAAAUGCUCAUGGAAAUGAAUUUGUAAUGUUCAUAUUUUGAAUAGAUUGAAAUCAGUCAUUCUGCCCAUCAAGUGCUAUUUGGUUACACUUGGAUUUGGCGGUUUAAUUGAUUUUAGUUCUCUCCCUAAAUGCCCAAGCGAUGCUGAAGUUUUGAAUUGUCUCUUUUUGAUGUAGGUAUUUUGGAAACUGGACAUGUUAUGCUUCAUUGUGCUCUCAAAAACAUUUGGAUUGUGGAUUUGAAUAUGAAAUGUGACUUCUCUUCAAAACACGAGAGCAACGUUAGGUACCACAGAACAGUAAUUUUAACAAGAAAUGUCUUUUUAGCAGAAAGAUGGGUACGUUUGCUUGAAGAUCCAUUGAGUAAGUGUUUUUUUUCUUUCUUUUUCAUUUAAUCCUUUGGAACCUACUGACUGUAGGCAGAGUAACACAGCGAGUACCAUAACAGCAUUUUCUUGUCUGAAAUUAAGCUCACAAAGUCAAUUGUAUUUAAAGUUAUACAAUUUGCCCUUUAACUUUAUGAUCUAAUUAUUUUAACCUGUGCAAUUCGGUGGCAGUUCUUUUACAUUUCAUCUUAAAAGUUAUUGGUUGAUUGAUUCUGGGCGUCCCUUUUAAACUGUCUGAAUUGUGUUGUGUAAAAAAAAAGUAACUGUUCAUGAAUUAAGUGGAAUAAAGAUAUGUAUAAUAUA